GCGCGCGGCUGAAAGCUCCAUAAAGGCAUCCGAUCAUGGGGAACAGCUUCUCCAACAUCUCCGCCUUCCAGUCCCUGCACAUCGUCAUGCUGGGUCUGGACUCUGCGGGGAAAACCACGGUUCUGUACAGACUCAAGUUCAAUGAGUUCGUCAACACGGUGCCGACCAUCGGCUUCAACACCGAGAAGAUCCGUCUGAGCAACAGCUCUGCCAAAGGCAUCAGCUGCCACUUCUGGGACGUGGGAGGCCAGGAGAAGCUGAGGCCGCUGUGGAAGUCCUACAGCCGCUGCACCGACGGGAUUAUUUACGUGGUGGACUCGGUGGACGUGGACCGGCUGGAGGAGGCCAAAACGGAGCUACACAAGGUCACCAAGUUCGCGGAGAACCAGGGCACGCCACUGCUGGUCAUCGCCAACAAACAGGACCUGCCCAAGUCUCUGCCCGUGGCCGACAUCGAGAAGCAGCUGGCUCUGCACGAACUCACCCCCUCCACCUCCUACCACAUCCAACCGGCGUGUGCCAUCAUCGGAGAGGGGCUGCACGAAGGCAUGGACAAACUCUACGAGAUGAUAUUGAAGAGGAGGAAGUCCUUAAAGCAGAAGAAGAAGCAGCGGUAACACCUGCCGCCGUCCAGAGGUUUGACUGUGCUUUGGUUUCUUCCAUGUGUGGAUUUACUGUGAAGCCCUGAUGAACAACACAGACACAACCAAAAAAUCCAAACCCAAGUCCAGAAACUUGAACUGGAGCAGGAGAACCGGGCUGGAACCGGGCUGGAACCGUAGAACCCAACUCUGACUGAAGUAGAAGAAGCUCCUGGUUGUAGCUUUCAGACUUUCCAGGGGGUUUUGUCUGGUUUAUUUCCAUCCACAGGGUGACUUUUGUUGGAUUUUGCACGUGGCUUGGGUGGUUUCACGUGCCCACUGCUCUUGUAUUUCUGUUUUCUAGUUUGGUUUUUAGGAAAAGAGACGUCUUUAGCAUCCUGUUUUGUUUUCGGAGCAUUGAAGUAGCCUUCCCUCCGAGUGGUGAACCACUACUUUGCACUUUUCAUUUCCUAACCAACAGUAGAAAAUGACACUGUAUUAAUGCAGGAGCAGAUCCAGGUGGUUUAUGUACCAAGAAGCCAAAACUGAAGUAUUUUUUGAGUAUUAAAACAUUCAAAUAUCACA